UGCGUGUUUUACGAUUGUAGAUCGUGUAAUUCGUUGUUGGAUGUAAUUUGAGGGAAUUAAGGGUGUAUUCGAUGCAAAAUUUGGAGUUGUUAUGUCGAUUUGAGUGUGCUGAUCGAGUUCGGCAUGAAUGAACCACCCUCCAGACUAGUGCGUAAAUGGUUCCCGCGCACUGCAUGUUGGUAGUAAAUUUCUAUGGUUCCAUGACAGAGCCGCCAUGAUGGCUUUCUGUAUAACACGCUCAACAUGCAAAGUUUCAAAGUUGUUUUACUGUAUUUGUGACUGAGUGCGUGUAAACAAAAACAAUGGGAACAAACUAAGGACCGCGAAGUACCGUUUAGUGUCCGUCUCGGACGGUCCGAGACGCGGGAAGGCCGUUUUCGGGCGCGUUUUAUGUUGGCCCUGUCGUGUGUUUUGUGCUGUCAACAAAUAUGUCCAAGCUUUCGUUCAGGGCGAGGGCCCUGGACGCCAGCAAGCCCAUGCCCAUAUACAUGGCGGAGGAGCUCCCGGACCUCCCGGACUACUCGGCGAUCAACCGAGCGGUCCCCCAAAUGCCCUCAGGCAUGGAAAAAGAGGAGGAAUGCGAGCACCAUCUGCAAAGGGCGAUAUGUGCGGGGCUCAUCAUUCCCACACCGGAAGUUUCGGACAUGCCAGACAAGGAAUUCUACGACAAGGUUUAUCCCGCCAACUAUAAACAGCCCCGGCAGCUCAUCCACAUGCAACCCUUCACGAUGGAACAAGACAUCCCCGACUACGACAUGGACUCGGAAGACGAACGUUGGUUGCAAUCGCAGGCGCAGAGGUUGGAUCUGACUCCUCUGAAAUUCGAGGAGAUGAUGGACCGUUUGGAGAAGAGCAGCGGUCAGACCGUGGUGAACCUGAACGAGGCCAAAGCUCUAUUGAAGGAGGAUGACGAUCUCAUAAUCGCAGUAUUCGAUUAUUGGUUAAACAAACGCCUAAACACCCAACAUCCUCUAAUUCUAACCGUGAAAACGGAACAGAGAGCCGGCGCCGCCCCCAACAACCCGUACCUGGCGUUCAGACGACGAACGGAAAAGAUGCAGACUCGCAAAAACCGCAAAAACGAUGAAACGUCUUAUGAAAAAAUGCUGAAACUUCGUAGGGAUCUCCAUCGGGCCGUAACGCUACUCGAACUCAUCAAAAAGCGAGAAAAGAUGAAGCGCGAACACGUCCAUCUUACAGUGGAGAUAUUCGAGAAGAGAUUCCAUGCGAGAGACUUUAGUGGUGCCAUCUAUGCGGAAGCGGCGGCGAUUAAGACGACGAGACCGGCCUUCACACCGAUCUUUCACAAUCACUAUCCGAACCAGAGUUGGUCAAAUAAGGCGAUACUCAAAGACGAAGUUAUACCCAGAAAAGAGAAAAGACAGUACAAAAAGAGGAAACAUAAAUCACUGGGGCAUACUCGGAGCGGUGGAAUCGGAUCGGCGGGAUUGGAUGGGUUGGGGGCGCUGUCUUCCGAUGAAGACACCAUGCCGCAGCUUUCACCCGAACCGGAAGAGGUCGAAGAUGAAGGACAGUUCGCUUUCCGUAGGAAUAAGCUGUGUUCUUACCAUAUGCCGUUGCCUACUGAGGGUAAUUGGCCGUGGUGUUCGAAAGAAGAAAACGGCUUGGCGGACAAGCGUUUCCGCUUCACUUUGACGUCGCUAUCGAAUCCUCGACGUUGCAUCGGUUUCGCCAGAAGACGCAUUGGUCGAGGCGGAAGAGUCAUCUUGGACCGUAUUGGAACCGACCAGGAUGAUUUCUGGCGAACGUUGGAUUUUACGAUCGUCGAGCCGAACGCUGAAAAACAAGAACAACAACAAGAAAACGAAACGAAUUUGUCGUCGGACGUUGUAGUUAAAAUGGACGCUAGUUUUGUUAAUAAUAAUACGAACGUAAAUAAUAACUUACGAACUGAUAUUAAAAGUGAGUAUAGUUAUGUCAGUAACAGUUUUUCACGGACGAAUGUGAAUGAUGUCGGUGGUGAGAGUGAAAGUGGGAACCAAAUCGAUGUGAAAAAAGAGGUCGAUGAGGAUGGAGGAGGACCACAACCGGAAACUUUUGCACACAGCAAAAGCGACGAGGACGAAAUGGUUGAAAUUUUGCGGUCUGUUCGAAGGGAUUGGCUGCACUUCCGGCCGAAGACGCCGCCCCCCGACGAGGAGCCGCCAUGCAGUUUGCUCCCGUAUAGCGAGAGUUAUUUCGUUCCCGGUGCCAACAUGUCGUUCUCAAUCGAGGUCCAGUCGUUGGAAACGCCAAAUACCCUUCUGGACACUUCCGCUUUCUUAACCGAUCCAUUCACGUUUGAUAAUUUGGACAGUAUAGAAGACGUACCGGUAACCGACACGCGGCAAUCCAGUGAUAAAAUCGUGCAAACGGGCAUUAACUUAAAUGUUAAUGUCGGUCUCAAUACGCUUACUCCUAGUGUUAACGAUAAUAGUAGUAGUGUUUUUUCAAAUAGUAACGCGAACCUCACUGAUAGUAUCAAGCUCGAGGAUGCGACGUCAUCGUCGACGUCAGACGAAAACGACGAAAGGACUAUCGGAUGUUCGAGGUUUCACGUGUCGGAUUUGGGCGCCACGAUGAAAAAUCAAACGUCCAAAACGCAAACCGUUACGAGUACCUUGACUAGUCCUAAGUUUAAUAGUGUCAACGCCGUGUCUAGGAGUACAGCCACUGAAGGGCCGUUGGGCAACACCAACGGACUGCUCUCGCAGUUUGGGCUCGAUGGUAGGACAAAAAACAAUAAAAUAUCUUACGCUUACUCAGGCGGAGUUUACCAAACUGUACCACCCAUCAAUGCUUCCUCUGGCACAUUGAGUCUUCACACUUCUGCACACACUCUUACGCUUAAUAGUCAUAGUGCCAACAUUUUAGAAAUACCGAUAACCGACGACACGGAACCCGUCUCGAACAAACUGGUGAAUUCUCAAUGUACCGAACCAGGCACAGCUACGACUAACAACAAAACGAAAACUAUCGUCCGGAAGAACAAUCUGGUAAUGGAAGUGACGUGAUGCUCAUCUUCAGGCCUGGGUUUGUCAAAACCGCAGGAUGGCUUUUUACUAUCAACAAGGUGUUUCAUUUUCUGCUGGUUAUACGUUUUCAAGAUUUGAAAUGCCUGUCAGAAUAUUUACGUUCUCAUCAUUCAGAUUGUACACAAGUAUUAAUAAGAAGAAAAAAAAAGUCGCAAAGAUUAUGGGAAAAAAAUGAGCAGGUUGUGUUAAUUUCGAUUUCAAUCGUAAUCGAUGGGAUAUAAUGGUGUUAUUUUUCCCUCGAUCGAUUUCAUUCAGUCCCUAUCAUUAUAAGUUGAAUUUUAAUGGAUUUUCAGAUUUUUAGAUGUGCAUAAUUGAAUACAUUUGUUUAAAGUGUAGACAGUCAUGCUGGAGUAACAUCGUUAUAUUUCAUAGCCUAUUGUUCAUCUGUCGUGCUGUUUGUAUACAUUUCGUAUGAAUGUAUUAAUUUCAGUGUAUACCGCAUAAUCUCCAGAACUGUUGCAUAACAUUAUAAUUUUUUUAAGACGGAACAUAUUCUAACUUGUAUAGUAUUAUUGUGUUCAUUAAGUGAUCAUAAAUUACUCAGUUUUUAGUUGAAUAAAUUUGUAGAGAAAGCAGGCAUUUUCGCAAAAUCUUACCAAUAAACUAGACUUCUAUUUUAAGGAGUUGUUAAUUUAUUUUCUAUUGUAAUUAUAACCCUAGUGUUAAUAAUUCAUGAGGCUGUUGAACUAUUAUUAGUAACUUAUUACAUUUUGUAAAUGAAAUUUUGUGAAAUGUACUUACACCAUUAGACCACUGUAUUUUAAAUCGAUUAAAUUUUUUAGCCAUCA